GGAAGAUCCCCUGUCACAUUAUUGAGCUUGGCAUUUUAGGGCUGAGUUGGGCAGCUUUUCAUACCUUGUGUUGACUUUUUCCUGCUCCCAUUCCAUCCCUUUCACCUUUCGUGACCUUGAAAAGACUUGUCGUCCUGCAGCCGAAGCUCACCAGAACCAUGGACAAGCUUCAGGCGUUCCUCCCUUCAGGGGAGAAGGGCUACCUGCCCUACUACCUGUUUGUGAUCUCGAUCGUGGCAAUGGGCAACGCGCUUCAGAACUACGCGACGCUGCACUAUACGCGCCGCAUCUACAACGGCCGCUUCGUCCCCAACCCCUCCCUCCCGCCGGCCACGGACCGCUUCAACCCGGAAGACAGCACCAACGUUGUCAAGCCGGCAUCGUCGACGGGCAAGGAAUCGGAGAAGGCCAAGGACCAGGUGUCGCCGCUCGCCGCCCGCCUCUUUGGCACCUACACCUUCAUGGCGGGCAUCAUCCGUUUCUAUGCCAGCUAUCAGCUCGAAAACCCGGCUCUGUACCAGCUGGCCCUCUCCACCCACGUCAUUGCCGCUGUCCACUUUACCACCGAGAUGCUGGUCUACAAGACGAUCAAGUUUAGCGGGCCGCAGGUGUUCCCUUUCCUUGCGGGAUAUAGCGGGGCCAUCUGGAUGCUGUUGCAGUACAAUCACUACGUGCAAUAAGUAGUCUUGGCCAGGACCAGGGAUGUGGCUGGGUGACUGUGCCCGUACUGUUUGCAGCUCUACCCUGCGUUGCGAAUGGAGAGAGUCUAGGUGGCUAUCUAAUGUUAAUACCCCUGGUACAAAAUAGAUGCGUGUGCCCCGUGUCAAUCAGUUAGUUCAACAGCUUGCU